AGGAGACAGUGCAUGCUGGCGAAGAAGAUGAAGAGAAGAGAGAGAGCGAAGUAAAAGAGACAGAUAUAGAAGAGGGGGACGACUUAGAUGAGAGGGAAUGGCUUAUAGACUUUAACUGCGACUUGCCUCUCCCUGCCGUCUCUGCAGCAUUUACGGGUCUUCAUGAAGAGACAGAAGAAGAGAGAAAAGCAUGUUGGGGUGCCCGUACAGCACAGAAGGAGACAGAAACAGAUACAGACACAGAUAAGGAGACAGAGACAGACAAAGAUACAAAUGCAGAUACAAACAGCACCACCAGCUGCAUGCAAACUGAAGCAAAGAAGAAGCGAGGUCGUGGCUUCAGCAGCAGCAGCGGGGGCGUUCUCGCUGCUGCUGCUUCCCCAGAAGCAGCAGCAGCAGGAGCAGCAGCAGCAACAGAUGCAUGCACAAGGAGACAGCCGCUGUGGGGUGGUGUUACAGCUGCGUGCAGACGGUCUUUGCUGCAACAAAUUGGGGGGAGAGAUGUUGAGUGGCUUGAGGAGGGCGCUGAAGAAGCAGCAGCAGCAGCAGCAGCACAGCCUACGUGGCUGCAGCAGCAUCAGCAGCAGCUGCUUCGCCGCAACCAGCAGCACCGCAUGCAGCAGCAGCUGCAGCAAUUGAGGCAUCGGCUCAACUGUCUCCUUCUCCCCUUUGUCUCUGAUAAGGAGACGCAAGAUAGAUUUGAGUUAUAUGCCAGCCUCAGGGACGCAACAGCAAAAGAGGGGGCAGCUAACGCCGACGAAGCAGCAACAGCAGCAGCAGCAAAAGGAGCAGCAGCAGAAGCAGCAACAGCAGCAGAAGCAAAAGGAGCAGCAGCAGAAGCAGGAGAAGCAGCAGAAACAGCAACAGGAGCACAAGGGGAAGCACCAGCAGCAGCAGCGGAAGGACUGCGCUCAGCCACAGCCACAGCAGCAGCAGCAACAGCAGCAGCAGCAGCACCAACAGCAACAGCAGCAGCGUCUGCUGCUGCUGUUGGUACUGGUGUUGCAGCUGCCAGUACACUUGAGGCAGGAGGAGACGAUCCCUCUUCGCUUUCACUCCCCCAUACACCUCAAAUACCUGCCUAUACACCUGAAGGACCUGCACAUACACCUGUAGGCUCAGAUGCUGCUGCAGUGGCUGCGGCUCUGCGCGCUGUGGCUGCAAUAAAUGCGGGGGCUUCACCUGAAGAUUUGCUGCUGCACUCGAGAAGAAGCAGCAAUUUAUAUUUCAAUUCCUCUUCGCCGCACAAACAAACACAAUCCACUCACCACGACGCUCACUCUUUAGGGGGCCCCCUUCAGGGGGGCCCCACUGAUGGGGGGCCCCUCCAGGGGGGUCCCCCUAAAGGAGACCCCUUGAAUGGGGGCCCCCUUUUAGCGGGCCCCUCUGGGGCCCCCGUGGAAGGUUUAAAGGGAGGGAUGAGCGUUGAUCUUUCAGGAGCUGCGCGGGUUUGCAGGGGCCCCGCCGAAGCUGCUGUGUUUGCUGCUGCAUAUCAGAGGAUAAUCGAGCAGCGGCUGCUGCUGCAGCAGCAAGAAGCAGCAUAUAGGGAGUUGCAGCAGGACCGUCUAGCGCGUUUAGGAAUCUGGACGCAGCACAAUGCACAGGAGGGUGCCUCCAGCAGCAGCAGCAGCAGCAGCAGCAACAGCAGCAGCAGCAGCAGCAGCAGCAACAGGCUGAGGGAAGAGCUGAAGAAGAUGCAGCCGCUGCUGCACUGGGAAAGAAAGACGAUUGUCUUUGUUCCUUCUCCCCGCCUCUGCAAGUUGUGGGGGGUCCCUGACCCCUGGGCAAACGUAUCGCAAGUGGAUGUGCUGCGUCUUCUGCAUGAACAGAAGACAAAAGCAGCACUUGAAGGCGGCUCUCCUGCUGUUGCUGCUGCUGGUGCUGGUGCUGCUGGUGCUGCUGGUGCUGGUGCUGCUGGUGCUGCAGCAGCGGCGGUGCCUGCAGGUGUACGUACACCGGAAGAGAAGGCAGCUUCCGUGCAGGUGCUGCAGCUGCUGGGCAGCGGAGCAGCAGCAGCAGCAGCAGCAGGAGAGGCAGCAGCAGACGAAGCACUUGGUGCUCCUGAGGGAGAGGACGAUCUGCUUCCUGCUGUGCUGCAGGGCCCCCAAGAGGAGAGCGUGGGGCUGUUUAAAAUGUGCAUUUUGCAAUAG